AUGAGCGGCAUGGACAUGGGCUCGUCCACCACGACAGCAUCCGGCUCCAUGGCCACGGGCAUGUCAGACUCGACAUCCUCCGCCAUGUCAUCAGACGACAUGAUGUCCAUGUCCUCUAUGACCAUGACCUUCUUCACCUCGACCGCCACCGCCCUCUUCUCCGACAGCUGGACGCCCGAGGAUGGAGGUCAGUACGCCGGGACGUGCAUCUUCCUCAUCUUCCUGGCCGUCUGUCUACGCAUCCUCAUCUCCUUACGGCCCAUACUCGAGACCCGAUUCUGGGCCGCACGCAGCAACGGCAGCGGUAACCGCGAUGAGAAGAUGGCUCACAGUGGCUCGGAUGGAGAGUCGCAUCGUCGACUGUCCUCCUCCUCCUCUGCCGCUGCUGCUGCUGCUGCAAGUCGUCAUCCUAGGGCUUCUGUGGCUCUCGUCGGAAGAGACCUGGCCAGCCGCUGGUCCGGCUGGAGCGUGGGCACCGCUGCUAGCAGGGCCACGUACGAACUCGUCAUUGCUGGUGUCGGAUAUCUUCUAAUGCUGGCCAUCAUGACCAUGAAUGUGGGCUACUUCCUCUCUGUUCUCGGUGGCAUCUGGCUAGGAACAUUUGUCCUAGGAAACCUGUCUUACGACGAUAGGUCGGACCACUGCUAA